GGAAGGGCGGGGCAAGGGGUGGGCCCUGGAGGCUCUUGAGAGCUGGGACCGUUUCCAUUUCGUUCUUUACUCUGGGCGUCCCCAGCGCCUAGUAGAGUGCAUGACAUACAUAGUAGGUGCUUUAUUAAGCACGGCUCACUAAUUCUUGUUCAUUGAUUGAUGAGGGGAGCAGAAGAGGGGAGGUGCAGAAGGACCGGUGAUGGAGGAGAAUCCCGACCCAGGGGAGGAGCGCCAGCCCUGCCCAGUGACCAUGGACCUGCAGGGAGAUGGGGCCUUGCAGGUGGAGAUCUCUGAUGCUGUGAGUGAGAGGGACAAGGUGAAAUUCACAGUUCACACCAAGAGCUGCCUCCCACACUUCAGCCAGACAGAGUUCUCAGUGGUGCGACAGCAUGAGGAGUUCAUCUGGCUUCACGAUGCGUACACUGACAACGAGGACUAUGCUGGCAUCAUCAUACCCCCAGCGCCCCCCAAGCCAGACUUUGAGGCUUCCCGGGAAAAGCUGCAGAGGCUGGGGGAAGGGGACAGCUCCAUUACCAGGGAAGAGUUUGCCAAAAUGAAGCAAGAACUAGAGGGGGAAUAUCUGGCCAUUUUUAAGAAGACAGUAGCCAUGCACGAGGUGUUCCUUCAGCGCCUGGCUGCCCACCCCACCCUCCGUCGGGACCACAACCUGUAUGUCUUCUUGGAAUAUGGUCAAGAUCUGAGUGUUCGUGGGAAGAAUAAGAAGGAGCUGUUUGGGGGGUUUAUCAGGAACAUUGUGAAGUCGGCUGAUGAGGCUCUCAUCACCGGUGUGUCAGGACUGAAGGAGGUGGACGAAUUCUUCGAGCAUGAGAGAACCUUCUUGUUGGAGUACCAUAGUCGCAUCCGGGAUGCCUGCCUGCGUGCUGACCGGGUCAUGCGCUCCCACAAGUGCCUGGCUGAGGAUUACAUCCCCAUCUCGGCAGCACUGAGCAGCCUGGGCACACAGGAAGUCAACCAGCUGAAGACGAGUUUUCUCAAAUUGGCUGAACUUUUUGAACGCCUGAGGAAGCUGGAGGGCCGCGUCGCCUCGGAUGAAGACCUCAAACUGUCUGACGUGCUCCACUAUUACAUGAGGGAUGCACAGGCAGCCAAGGACCUGCUGUACCGGCGGUUGAGGGCACUGGCCGACUACGAGAAUGCCAAUAAGGCCCUGGACAAAGCCCGGAUGAGAAACCGGGAGGUGCAGUCGGCAGAGACCCACCAGCAGCUGUGCUGCCGGCGCUUUGAGCGCCUCUCUGACUCGGCCAAGCAGGAGCUCACUGACUUUAAGGCUCGCCGGGGAUCUGCUUUCCGAAAGAAUCUCAUUGAGUUGGCGGAAUUAGAACUCAAACAUGCCAAGGCCAGUACACUGCUUCUAAGAAACACCCUCAUUGCCCUCAAGGGAGAACCCUAGCACCCUCUCCUCCCUCCUGCCCUGUGCUAGGCUCGGAGCCUGAAGCCCAGCCUUCCCUACCCUGCCCCUGGGGAAGGAAACACAGACAACCCCGGGCAGAUGGGUGUGUCUGUCACCUGUGACCUCCCAGAGGGAGCCCUCAGAGCUAAGGCUGCCAACAGAGAGGUCAGACCCAUCAAUACCAGUGUUGUCUUUCCUUCAUCGAUGGAAAUAAAGGUACCUGUUUUGGA